GUUCCUUCAUACAUAUCUUCCAUUGCCACCUGCUUUGGCUUUUCCCGGCCACACAGCCUAUAUAUAUUUAGAUGAUGCAGUUACUUAACGAAACCGAUCCUCUCGUCAAAAGAAUACGGUAGAGCUGCCUAGGGCGAAUAUUCGCUGAGUUCAACUUCUAUCCAACAGAAUGCCAACUUGGGCAACAUGUGAAGUCGUCGAAGCCUGAAUCAUGUCUCUCUGUAUGGGCUGUCGUCAGAGUCACCUAAAAUGUGACGCAGCUCGACCAAAAUGCAUGGCAUGUACCAAAUCUGGAAAAGAUUGUAUAUACCCUGCACCAAAGACCAAAGACAUCUUCCGCCACGGCUUGAACCCGUCGAGACAGAUCGAUGGUGAGCCAUCUUAUGGAGAGCGAGAUUUCGCAUUUUCCCGCGACCAGAUCUGGGUUGGCAUUCCUUCGGAGUUGGUUUUCGAGGACAACACCGAGGAGAUAGUCGCUCACUAUUUUGGAUCUUCUGAUUAUCGCUUGACGCCAUGGAGGAGCCUUUCCGAAGGACCCGAAUUGUCAUCUCUCUCGGCCGAAUUGAGACACAAUGUCGCUUCAGGUAGACCAUAUACUUCCAGCUCAAUGCCAGACCUACUGAGUCUUGAUCAUCCAGCCGACAGCUUGGGGACGUCUAUCCUUAUGCGCGAUGAUGAAACAGAGUCACCUCUUAACGAUGUCUCUACUCCAGGCAAUGCCAUUACAGCGCCCAGAGUACUAUCCGGAGCAACAAGACUUAAUAGUCUCACCGAGGGGUACUUACUUCGUCACUUCGGCCGGGCUCUUGGGCCUUGGCUAGAUAUAUGCGACGAUAAUCGACACUUCACACUUGAAGUUGUACGCCGGGCUCCUACUUGCCCUCUCUUACUGAACGCAUGUCUUGCUCUCACAGCUCGUCAGCUCGCAAAUACGACGGAGACGUUCUCGCCAGAGACGGCUGAUUACUAUCACGGGCGGUGCAUCGAAAUUCUCAUUCCAUUACUUAGCGAUCCUGAUCUCCAUCAGGAGAUGGACGUCAUCCUUGCUUCGAUCGUUAUUCUCCGUCUGGAGGAGCAAAUUUCCUGUGUAAAACACGAGCACGACUUCCAGCAUCACCUUUCCGGCGGCUCUGCCUUUUUCAACUCCGGCGUCGACUGGUAUGUAGCCGGCGGCUUGACCGAGGCUUCUUUCUGGGCUUUUGCUAUGCAAGACGUUCAAUUCUCGCUGGCGUGGCAGACCCCGCUCCGGCUUUGUUUUGAGACCUUCAACGAUGGUUUGGAGCGCAUGUGGCUAUCGCAGCCUUUCCUCACAGAAAAGCACUGGGCUCACCGUGCGAUUUGGCUUCUUGCUGAGACAGUGCAGUACUGCUUAGCAGAACAGGGGGACAAGAGCAAAAAGGAAUGGAAUCGGAUUUACGGCAAGCUAGAUGAAUGGGAGAGAUCUAGACCACAGGCCUUUGCGCCUUUCUUUUAUCGAGCAGCCGACCCGGGUGAUGCGAAUCCGCUUCCGACCAUCUGGUUUUCGUCUCCCCUACAUGUGUCCGCCGUACAACACAUAUGCAUGGCAAAAGCCAUUUUGAUCACCUGUGAUCCCAGCCGUCCUAAAUUUGGGCUCAAUUGCGGCAAAUUUCAGAGAAGACAACAGGAACAAGUCUUGGAAUAUCUGAAAGUGCUCUUCGGAGCUGCUGCUUCAUGCGAAGAUGCAGCAGCACGCCAUAUGAUCCCUAUCUGUUUAUGUGCCAGCUACUACUGGAUAUCGGGUCGCAACUUACAGCGUCAGCUUCUCGACUUGGUGAAUGUGGUAGGGCAGGAGACAGGAUGGUUUUGGAAUGCAAUUAUCGAGGACAUCAAGCGUGAAUGGGCCUGGUAGAGUGAGGACGUGGCCAAUUUGUCAGCUUUGCUUUCACCUUGGGAUUUAUCCGGUCGAUAUACCAUGGCAACCACAUGGCAGAAGUUGAGGAAUGGAGAACUGUGUCUGGCUUUUUCCAAGAUUGCACCUGUGCUCACCUGUGGGGAAAGGUCCAAGACGGUGAGGGUGUUCCGGAGGUACGGGAGCUGGUCGGGGUUGAGAACCGUAGGGGAAGUACUAGUCGCUGGGUCGAUACCAGCAUGGGAGAUGAAUUUCCCCAGCCGGCGAGAGAUCACAAGCGAUUUCCUUUCCUGCAAGAGACAUCGAAGGUCAUCCAGAAGGAAAGUGGGUCCGAGAGCUAGGGCUCUAAUUAACCGAGACCGAAUAUCAUGGGAAAUGCGCGGGUUGAUUCUGUCCGGUUUACCAGAGCAAUCCAUUCAAAGUCCGCGGUAAUAUGUUGGAUUCAGGCUGAAAGACACUUCCAGCUCGACUUGGAAGGACAUGUCAAACGGAGAGCAAGGUGGCUAAGGAAUCCAGACCAGAAAAUAACGAAAUCAGUAAGUACCUACUUGACAGGUCUGCAAGGGGAAAUCUAGUGGGAUAUUCC